GCGAUGGGCGCUGGCGGCCCUCGACGGGGCGUGGGCCCCCCAGACGGCGGCUGGGGCUGGGCGGUGCUGGGCGCCUGCUUCGUGGUCACCGGCUUCGCCUAUGGCUUCCCCAAGGCCGUGAGCGUCUUCUUCCGCGCGCUCAUGCGUGACUUCGGCGCCGGCUACAGCGACACGGCCUGGGUGUCCUCCAUCAUGUUGGCCAUGCUCUACGGCACGGGCCCCGUGUCCAGCAUCCUCGUGACCCGCUUUGGCUGUCGCCCAGUGAUGCUGGCGGGUGGGCUACUGGCUUCAGCGGGCAUGGUCCUAGCUUCCUUCGCUACGCGCCUCCUGGAGGUAUACCUGACGGCUGGGGUGCUCACAGGCCUGGGCCUGGCCCUCAACUUCCAGCCGUCGCUCAUCAUGCUGGGGCUGUACUUCGAGCGGCGGCGGCCUCUGGCCAACGGGCUGGCGGCGGCGGGCAGCCCCGUGUUCCUGUCCGCGCUGUCGCCGCUCGGCCAGCAGCUGCUCGAGCACUUCGGCUGGCGCGGCGGCUUCCUGCUGCUCGGCGGGCUCCUGCUGCACUGCUGCGCGUGCGGAGCGGUCAUGCGUCCGCCGCCCGGGCCGGGGCCACCGCCGCGCAGGGCCGGCGCCGGGGACCUGGCGGACGACGCGGCCGGCGAGGCGGACGCCGAGGCUGACGCGGAGGCGGAGGGCGAGGGGCUGCGCGUGCGCGAGGCGCCCCCUGGCGGCCGCACCCGCCGGCGGCUGCUGGACGUGGCUGUGUGCGCCGACCGCGCCUUCGUGGUGUACGCGGUCACCAAGUUCCUGAUGGCGCUCGGGCUCUUCGUGCCCGCCAUCCUGUUGGUGAACUACGCCAAGGACGCGGGCGUGCCUGACGCCGACGCCGCCUUCCUGUUAUCUAUCGUGGGCUUCGUGGACAUCGUGGCGCGGCCGGCGUGCGGCGCCCUGGCGGGCCUGGCGCGCCUGCGACCGCGGGUGCCCUAUCUCUUCAGCCUGGCCCUGCUGGCCAACGGGCUCACGGACCUGAGCAGCGCGCGCGCGCGCUCCUACGGCGCCCUCGUGGCCUUCUGCAUCGCCUUCGGCCUCUCCUACGGCAUGGUGGGCGCGCUGCAGUUCGAGGUGCUCAUGGCGACCGUGGGUGCGCCCCGCUUCCCCAGCGCGCUGGGCCUGGUGCUGCUCGUGGAGGCUGUGGCUGUGCUCAUCGGACCGCCCUCCGCCGGCCGCCUGGUGGACGCUCUGAAGAACUAUGAGAUCAUCUUCUACCUGGCUGGCUCUGAGGUGGCCCUGGCAGGGAUCUUCAUGGCUGUUGCCACCAACUGUUGCCUACGCCGCUCUAAGGACACCCUGUCAGGCCCAGGCACCGAGGGUGGGGCCAGUGACACAGAGGAAGUCGAGGCUGAAGGGGACCCUGAGCCCCUGCCCGCCGGCGCAGAGGAACCUGGCAGCCUGGAGGCCCUGGAGGUGCUGAGCCCCCGGGUCGGGGCCCCGGAACCAGAGGUGGAGGCACAGCCAAGGCCAGCCCCCGAGCCUGUGUAGCUCCAGUGCACUGGGGUGGCCCAGUGACUUGGGAACGUGGCUUCCUGUCCCAGAGGGCCUGGCACACUGGGAGGCUGGUCUGAGGUGGUCGCUCCUGGGGACCACGUCUGGGCUGCAGUGGGUUCCCCAGGUGUCUGGGGGGCUGCCCCUCGCACCUGCCUGGCGGCCCUGCCAGGCCCUGACCUGGUCAGCGAGGCUGCCGUGGAUCUGCAGGAGACUGGGGUUGAUAAAGCUGCGCUGAAAGAC